CGCGGGGUAUUCAACUCUCCCCUGAUGGGACUUUGGCAUUCUCUUCGCUUGAGUAUGUUUUCCCUGGAUGUUGGGGCUUAGAGUGUUCCAUUCCAAGUAUUGGAGAGAACUGCGUUGUUCCAUUUGAUGAUAAGAAAAUGGUUUUUACGGAACCUUAUGGCGGCUGGACGGGGAAAGACUUUCAAUUAAUUUAUCAACAACAGAUUCCUCCGAUUGUUAAAGCGUUACCUGACACUCGUAAACUUGUCAAACCUUAUAAAUAUGUGCAUGGUGAUUUGCCUAAAUUUGACGAAUUGUCUGAGUACCUUUUCUUUAUUAUGGAGUCUAAUCACAGAAAGUCAUGUGUAACGUCGAUAACCAAGCAUUAUUUUGUCACGUUUUACCACAAUCAUGAAACCUGGAAAAUUGGAAAUUCAUUAAAAAUUUAUCGACAUGAUUCCAAAUCUGGCAUUAACAACAAACAAUUUUUCAUUGCCACAGUUAAAAGCAUCAACAAAAAGCUGGAUUUUAUAUUGUUAAAGACCGAUAAGGAAAUAAACAACCAUAAGCCGUUUUAUUGCAAGCCUCCGUUUAGAAGUUUGCCUGUUGGUUACUAUGGAUAUGGAAAUGACUUUAACACUCUUUCUUACUGUGAGGGUGUUAUACACGCUGAUGAGUUACAAACUUUUCUGGAAAAAGGCGUCGUUCAUGGUCCUUUCUUGUUAGGGACUAUCAAAUCAACAGGAGGCGAUUCAGGAGCGGCUGUCUGGAGUCCUGAGGGUCUUGUCGGUUUGAAUCUAGGUUUUGUCGAUUUUACUGCUAACACUGGCAAGUCUGCACUUUCAAUGGAACUGCAACUAGCCCACUUUGAUAAAAAAAACUACAUUGUUACUAUUGACCGUAUAAUGGAGCAAUUAAUGGAACUUGAAGCAAAACCGGUUGUACCUGCUUAUACUGCUAAUCAUCAUCCAGGAGUCAGUGUUCAAUGUGAUUUUAGUGAUAUUUGA